AUGCCCUCCAACCGUCCCCGCGGCCGCCAAUCCGCCCCCUCAAUGGCCCACACCCAACCGCAACACGAAACCAUCGACCCAAGUAAAUACACACACAUCCUCCCCUCCCCCAGCAAAGGUCUCGGUCUCUUCGCCCACACCCUAAUCCCCUCCUCAACCCGCAUAAUCAGCGAAGUUCCCAUCCUCCAACUCCGCGAAGGGUACACGGCGCCUCAAUACCUAUUCCCCGCUCUGAACACCAUCGCGAAGAACACGGAGCGAUAUCCGCUGAUCAAGGAGAAAUACGAUCGGUUUAUGAGUCUGGGUUAUAUGAUUGAGGAGGAAGGCGAUGAUGAUGUGGUGGCGAGGGUGAAUCAGAAUGGGUUUGAGGUGCCGGGGGAGGAGGGCGAGCUGGGGUGUUUGGUUGUUUGUGUUGAGGCGGCGAGGAUUAAUCAUUCUUGUGAGCCGAAUGCGGUGGGGAAUAUGAAUUGGUUGACUAAUUGUUUUACUGUUCAAGUAACCCGCACCAUCAACCCCAGCGAAGAAAUAACAAUAAGCUACAUCGACCCCCUCCAAGACGCCCCCUCCCGCCAAACAUCCCUCUCACGCUACCUCUUCCGAUGCACCUGUCCCGCCUGCUCCCCAACAACCUCCUUCCCCGCCUACGUAUCCGAAACCACAUCCAACCGCCUCGAACUAUCCCGUCUCCUCACCCUAAUAAAAUCCUACAAACCAUCUCCACAACCUCCCUCUUCCCCUCUCUCAUCUCCCACCCAGCCCACACCCCCCGAACAACACCACCUCCUCCAAAUCUCCCGCUUCAUCGCCCUCGCAGAACUAGAAUCCCUCCCCUACCUCCUCCCCCUCACCUCCAGCUCCGCCGCCUCAAGUUUCCUCCGUCGCGAUGACCGCGAAACGGCUUUGAAAUGGAAAAAAGAUCAGUAUGAAUGGGUAGCACUGACUAUUGGUAGGGAUACGAAAGAGGGGAAUGAGAUCACGGAGUGGUUUAUUGAGCAUGGGUUUAAGGGGACGUAUUGGUAUUGGUGGGCUGGGAGGGAGGAGAAGAAUGAGGUGUUGAUGCGGUGUAUGCAUUUUUGGGCUAGGGAGGGGGGGUGGAGGGUUUUAGGGGGUUAA